UGUGGGAUCGUAUUUCUGAUUUCUGUCUUUGUAUUUGUCCGAUUUAGUCCAUCGCACACGUAUUCGCGAGUUGGACUGACAGCAUUUAAAUAUUCUGGCCUUGUUGCGGAUAUUUGUCGUUUGAAGAAUGGAAUAUGAAGGAUUUUCCAACCUUGGCCUGGUUACUCGCUUUUUCAUCUGUCUGCUUGCUCUGCAAUCGGUCAGUGCCGAGGUGAGCUAUUCUAUCCCAGAAGAGGUGAAAGCAGGAACAGUCAUCGGAAAUAUAGCCAAAGAUCUUGGCCUGGAUGUAACUACCCUGUCAACUCGCAAGGCCCGUAUUGAUUCCGAAGGCAAUAACGAACGGUUUUGUGUUAUCAGUUUGAAAACCGGGGAUCUAAGUGUUACUGAGCGGCUAGACAGAGAGGGUCUUUGUGGCACUAAACCAUCUUGCAUUUUAGUCCUGGAACUUGUGCUGGAGAAUCCGUUAGAAUUACAUCGCAUAAAUCUACACAUCCAAGAUAUAAAUGACAACUCUCCGCAGUUCAAAAGAGAUUUAAUAAGAAUGGAAAUAAGGGAGUCAGCUGAAAAGGGCACUCGUUUCUUAAUAGAAGAAGCACAUGACGCUGAUAUUGGACAAAAUUCGGUUCAGAGGUACAGCCUACAAAAGAAUAAUAAUUUUAUUUUAAUGAUUGAUGCUAACAAAGUUGAACUUGUUCUAGAGAAUAAACUUGAUAGAGAGAAACAACAAGAGAUCAAUCUGCUCCUUACAGCUUUUGAUGGUGGCUCUCCUCAGAGAUCAGGUACUGUAGUCAUACACGUCACUGUGCUGGAUGCUAAUGAUAACGCCCCAGUGUUUAGUCAGGCCGUUUAUAAAGCCAGUCUGCCUGAAAACUCUCCUCUAGACACUGUAGUGGUUACAGUGAGUGCUACUGAUGCAGAUGAUGGAGUGAAUGGUGACGUGACAUAUGACUUUGGUCAUGUUUCAGAGACAGAUGAAAAACUGUUUUCUAUUGAUAGUAAAACUGGAGAAAUAAGAGUCACUGGUACCACGGACUUUGAGAAGAAAAAUUCAUUUGAACUGCGAGUUGUGGCAAAAGAUGGACUGGGAUUAAGUUCUUAUGCUAAGGUUUACAUAGACUUAUCUGAUAUAAAUGAUAAUGCUCCAGUUAUAUAUCUGAAAUCACUGUCUAACCCCAUACCUGAGAAUGUGUCACCUGGUACAGAGGUGGGCAUCAUUUAACGUGCAGGAUAGAGAUUCUUGAGACUAACAAACAGGUUCCGCUGUUCAAUUCAGCAACACAUCCCUUUUAAGUUGGUUCCUCUAUUAAAAAACUAUUAUUCUCUGUGGACCAAGGACAACUGGACCGUCGAACUAGUGUCUGAUUUACAACAUUACAAUCACUGCCACUGACGAGGGCUCUCCA